UGGCCACUCCUUCGUCAGUACUCAGUACCGGAGGCUGCUCACACCUCACGCAGGGGACCGGCGAUAAAUUGGCUUCCCACCGAACGUGAACGACAGAACGUGGCAAGCACCUUGCGGAGUAUUAUAUACCGGGCGCGGGGAGAGCCAUUCACCUGCCGUGGAUUCCCACCCCAGCCAGGCUGCGCUAUGACGGGCCGGUCACUUCUGCUGUGGGUGGCUUGGACCUGCGCGAUCUGUGCUGUCCACGGAAAUUCGCACGAUACGUGGGCUAGGUUUCACAGCCUCCCUUUCCCCGAGGAUAACCUGUUCCUCUAUGACACCUUCCCAGCGGACUUUAUGUGGUCCGUGGGGACAGCCGCUUAUCAGGUGGAGGGAGGCUGGCAGCAGGAUGGCAAAGCACCUUCCAUUUGGGACACCUUCUGCCACAAAAGUGACCAAGCGAGGGCCACCGGAGACGUGGCCAGUGACAGCUACAACAACGUCUUCAGGGACACGGCGGCUCUGGAAUUCUUGGGUGUCACACAUUACAGGUUCUCCAUUUCUUGGCCAAGGCUGUUCCCAAAUGGAACAGAAGCCGGUCCCAAUGAAGCAGGAUAUAACUACUACAUGAAUCUCAUCCGGAGGCUGAAGGAACUCAGCAUAGAGCCCGUGGUUACCCUCUACCACUGGGAUCUGCCCCAGAAGCUGCAAGAUACAUAUGGUGGUUGGAUCAAUGACUCUAUGGUGGGCGUCUUUGAAGCCUAUGCUAAGGAGUGUUUUAAGCUUUUUGGACAUUUUGUAAAGUUCUGGAUCACUAUUGACAAUCCUUAUGUGGUGGCUUGGCAUGGCUACUCCACUGGCAGUAUGCCCCCUGGCAUCAGAGGAGAGAAAUUGCUUGGAUACCGAGCUGGGCACAAUCUCAUAAAGGCACAUGCCGCAGUAUGGCAUCUCUAUGAUAAACACUUUCGCUCAGUACAAGGUGGACAGCUGUCUAUAGCUCUGGCUUCCCAUUGGAUAAAACCAAUUAACAUGACAGAACAUUUCAUCAGAGAGUGUCAAAAGUCUUUGGAUUUUGUCUUGGGAUGGUUUGCCAAACCUAUAUUUUUAGAUGGCGAUUACCCACAGUCGAUGAAGAGCAAUCUUUCCUCUCUUUUGCCCGAAUUUACGUAUGAGGAAAAACAAUUCAAUAAAGGCACAGCUGACUUUUUUGCUCUUUCAUUUGGUCCUAAUCUAAGUUUUCAGUUGUUAGAUCCAGAUAUGAAAUUUCGACAAAAGGAGUCAAUAGACCUGAGGAAGAUCCUUUACUGGAUUCACAUGGAGUACAACAAACCCCGGAUAUUUAUUGUUGAGAAUAGUUGGUUACUCUCAGCCAUUACUAAAAGGGAGGAUGCAAAGUAUAUGUAUUAUCUAAAGAAGUUUGUCAUGGAAACGUUGAAAGCAAUUAAGUAUGAUAAGGUGAAUGUUACUGGAUACACUGCUUGGUCCUUAAUGGAUGGUUUUGAAUGGCUCAGAGAAUACAGAAAUAGACGUGGACUGUUUUAUGUGGAUUUUAUGAGCCAUAACAAGAAACUUAUGCCCAAAUCAUCAGCAUUGUUUUAUCAGCAACUUAUUAAGAAGAAUGGCUUCCCACCGCUACCAGAAAAUGAGGCACUACAUGGUACUUUUCCAUGCAACUUUGCCUGGGGGACGUCAGCGUACACCAUACAGGUGGACACUACUCCAUCACAGUUCAAUGACCCUAGUGUCUAUGUAUGGGAUAUGAAUAAAACUAAAGGCCUUAGAAAAGUAGAAGGGGUAAAAGUACCAAAGAGAAAAACGCAUUGUGUUGAUUUCGCUUCCAUAAGACUUCAAAUAUCCAUGCUCCGUGGAAUACACGUCACUCAUUUUUAUUUCUCACUCAUGUGGGCUGCCAUACUUCCUCAUGGAAAUCUCUCUCAAAUCAAUCACAAACUCCUACACUACUACCAGUGUUUUGUCAGCGAACUUGUACGAGUCAACAUCACGCCAGUUGUGGCGCUGUGGCAGCCAAUUGCAGAAAAUCAGGGCUUGCCUUUAAAGCUUGCUAAAAGUGGUGGCUGGGAGAAUUACCACACCAUUCAUGCCUUUGUGGAUUACGCAAGACUCUGUUUUAAGGAACUUGGCGAUUUUGUGGGCAUGUGGGUAACCAUGAAUGAGCCUUCAAUGAGGAACUUGACCUACACAGCGGGCCACAACCUUUUGAAAGCCCAUGCAAUGGCCUGGCACGCAUAUGACAAAGAGUUCAGAAGUACGCAGAAAGGAAAAAUAUCCAUAGCCCUUCAAGCUGAUUGGGUAGAACCAGCUUGCCCCUUUUCAGAAAAUGAUAAAAAUACCAGCCAAAGGAUUCUUGAGUUUGAGGUUGGACGGCUCGCAGACCCAAUUUUUCUUACUGGGGAUUAUCCUAAAUUGAUGAGAGACUGGCUGAUGAAAGGAAGCAGCCUUGAUUUGUUUGAAGUUCACUUGCCUUAUUUUACAGAAGAUGAAAAGAAAAUGAUUAAGGGAACCUAUGACUUUUUCGCUUUCACCCAUUACACUACUGAACUUGUGCAUUGGGAGGAGGAAGACGUCGCCAAGUAUGACCACAGUCUUAAAGUACAGUUUAUCACAGAUAGCACGUGGAUACAGUCACCUCACAAAUACGCCGUCGUUCCCUGGGGACUCCGGAAAAUUCUGAACUGGAUAAAAUCAAAGUAUGGUAACGUCCCAAUUUAUAUAUUAGCCAAUGGUAUUGAUAACAGUCAGGAUCCAGUUGAAGACAAACUAAGAAUCUAUUACAUGAAGAACUACGUUAAUGAGGCAUUAAAAGCGACGCUGAUUGAUGGAGUCAAUCUUCGUGGGUAUUUUGUAUAUUCCUUUAAUGACAGGACGGACCCUGGAUACGGCUUGUACACCUAUCUUGCAAAUCAGUAUGAGGCCAAGCCAUCAAUGAGACAGUAUAGAAAAAUCAUUAAUAACAAUGGAUUUCCCAGCGUAAACAUGACUGCUCCAACAUGUCCUGUGGAGAUUGAUACAUGCUUAGACUGUCACUUCUUCCAGACAAGAAAAUACUUGUUAGCAUUUGUUGCCUUUAUAUGUUUUAUUUUUAUUCUCUCUGUUUUUAUGAUUACAUAUUAUUCAAGAAAAGGUAAAAGAAGAUAUAAGUAGAGGGUGUGCUUAAAAUUGGUUUUGCACAAUCACAUGGGACUGUCUCCUUCACUGAACGAAGGAUGUUACCCACCGGUAAUUAUUCUAGAACAGGGGCCCGUUUGCACUGUGUAAUACUGUGAACCCUUGUACUGGAAAAUCCACUUGUUGUGAUGCAAUAGCUGGCUUUGUAGAGAAAUCUAUUUUGUAAUCUCCAUUGUAUUGUUUUAUUGGGCCCUUUUUUUUUU